CCGUGUGUCGCCUGUGUGUGCCAUUAAACUCCAAAGUCUUGGAAUGGUCUCGAUCGGUGUAGGUGUGCUGUCCCUACAGUGCACGAUUGUGCACGUACGAGUAAAAGUGACAUAUGUUACAUAAUACAUUCGAGUUGUAUCCUAUCUCUUAGGGAUUUAAGUUCUAACAAGGUGAUGCUGGGAAAUUGGAUUAGUCCGUGUUCAGCCGAUAGAACUCGUGGUACACACGCGGCAUACUUCUCCUGACAGUUGAUGCUAGUUGAUCGCGAAUCUGACCAAUUCGAUCGUUCAUUUUCUUCGAGUGUGCGACUGAAGCGGGGUGAUUGCUUCAAUUUACCGUGUUUCAACCUUUAAACAUGAGGCACGUAUUGUUCGCUACGGUCCUGUCGCUGCUGGGCGUCAGGGCAAAGGCGAGAACACUGGAAACGAUAGCGCAAUGGUCGGUGCUCGAUUACGCGUUGCCGCAAAACGACCACGGAUUUCAGUAUCAACCAGAAAAUAUAGUGAUGUCCGGUAUCGAGAUAGCCUGGGACCGAAUCUUCGUCAACACGCCCAGAUUACGCGCCGGCGUGCCGGCCACUCUGAGCUUCUUCCCCAGGAAAGUACCGUUGGGAAGCAGCCCGCAGCUCCAGGCGUAUCCCUCGUGGGAUUGGCAUGGUGCAGGGAAAGGAGACAUCAACUGCACCAAGUUGAUCUCCGUGUAUCGCAGCAGGUUGGACAGAUGCGACCGACUGUGGGUCGUUGAUGCAGGCGUCAUGACGUCGAUUGACGAUUUCAUGCCUGUUUGCCCGCCAAAAAUUGUGGUGUUUGACUUGAAGACCGAUCAAGUAGUCCGCCAUGUCACCUUUCCACGUGAGGUAUUGAGACCGGAUUCCUUGUUAACCAAUAUUGUUAUCGACGAAGUCUCGGCGAAAACCUGCGAUGACGUAUUUGUUUACAUGACUGACACUCUUGGUCCAGGUCUUGACUAUCAACCUCUGGCAACCGAUAAAAUCUUCAGCGUGCCCACCUCGGCUCUGCAGGCCGGACCGCUACCUUUCGAUGAACAGUUACCUGUGACCUUGGUCGGCAGUAAGUCGAGUCAAGGUCUGGCACUGGCCGUGGAUCCUCGGGAUGACACGAUCUUGUUCUCCCCCUUAACCGAGACCGCGAUCGCAUCGUGGCAACCGCGAACGAACGAGCAAAGGAUACUCGCUUAUAGUCCAGAAGAAUUACAAUUUACUGCUGAAAUUUUGUGGGCAAAACAUGACAAUGGUAAUUUUUGGAUAAUGUCAUCGAGAUUUCAUAAGUUCUUCCUCAAAAAUAUUGAUAUUCAUCAGAUGAACAUCCGUAUUAUGAGAAUCAAAGGAAAUACUCGCGCGCAAAUCUCAACUGCAUUUAAUCAACGCAUUGACCCAUAUUAUUCGUUACAUUAUUACAAUAAUACUCUGGGAUUAUAAAAAAAGAUGUUAAAACUGUUAAGA